GUGAACCAGCGCAACGUCCCAGGGAUCGAUAGUGCCUACCUGGCCAUGGACACGGAGGAAGGUGUGGAAGUCGUUUGGAAUGAAGUUCAGUUUUCUGAGCGGAAGAACUUCAAGCUUCAGGAAGAAAAAGUUAAAGCGGUGUUUGACAACUUAAUUCAGCUGGAACAUCUGAACAUUGUGAAGUUUCACAAAUACUGGGCUGAUGUGAAGGAGAAUAAGGCCAGGGUGAUCUUCAUCACUGAAUAUAUGUCUUCAGGGAGCUUGAAACAGUUCCUGAAGAAGACAAAGAAAAACCACAAGACUAUGAACGAGAAGGCCUGGAAGCGAUGGUGUACCCAGAUCCUCUCUGCUCUCAGCUACCUCCACUCCUGUGAUCCCCCAAUCAUCCACGGAAACCUGACCUGUGACACCAUCUUCAUUCAGCACAAUGGACUGAUCAAAAUCGGGUCAGUGGCACCGGACACGAUUAACAACCACGUGAAGACCUGUCGUGAGGAGCAGAAGAACCUGCACUUCUUUGCCCCAGAGUAUGGAGAAGUUGCCAAUGUCACUACUGCUGUGGACAUUUACUCCUUUGGGAUGUGUGCGCUGGAGAUGGCGGUGCUGGAAAUCCAGGGCAAUGGCGAGUCGUCCUACGUUCCGCAGGAGGCCAUCAACAGUGCCAUCCAGCUGCUGGAGGACCCCCUGCAGAGGGAGUUCAUCCAGAAGUGUCUAGAGCAGGACCCUGGCAAGCGCCCCACUGCCCGGGAGCUCCUGUUCCACCAGGCGCUGUUUGAGGUGCCGUCGCUGAAGCUGCUGGCCGCGCACUGCAUCGUUGGGCAUCAGCAUAUGAUUCCUGAAAACGCUUUAGAAGAAAUGACCAAAAACCUUGACAUGAGUGCGGUGUUGGCAGAGAUUAAUCAUGAGGACAGAGAAGGAGUGAAGAUGAUUUUCUCUCAGUCUCCAGCGUUGGAGCUGGACAAGUUCCUGGAGGAUGUCAGGAACGGUAUCUACCCCCUCACAGCUUUCGGGAUGCCGCGACCUCAGCAGCCCCAGCAGGUCGUGGUGAAAUCCCCCAUUGCUCCACCGUCCGUGAAGACCCCGACUCCAGAGCCUGCUGAGGUGGAGACCCGCAAGGUGGUGCUGAUGCAGUGCAACAUCGAGUCAGUGGAGGAGGGCGUGAAGCACCACUUAACACUGCUGCUGAAACUGGAAGACAAGUUGAAUCGUCACUUGAGCUGUGACCUGCAGCCCAAUGACAACAUCCAGGAGCUG